AUGGCAUCGCUGAUGACUUCCAGUCAGAGAUCUUCUUCAUCGUAUCGCUCCUCAUCACGUUAUAGCGCCUCCAGCUCCUAUCGAUCCGAUGGAUCCCAGGACGGAUCCUCCCAUUCUCUUUUUGAGCCUUUUAUCGACUCUGCCAAAUGCUCUGGUCUGUUUGGAGAGGGGGGCCCCGGGGGGCCCGACAGUCUGCCCCACUUCAGCACACUCAGCAGGCCGUCCUCUGGACCUCCAGGUGGCGCUGUAACGAGCUGGCCCAGCGGGGCAGGAAGUGGGCCGGGUUGCCUCGCUGACUCCUACUGCAUGACGGCCGACCUCCGCCAGUUUGAGCCUCAUGACGUGGUGGUGAUGGCCUACGGCCACCAUGUGGUCGUCCACGCACAGAGGGUUCUGGAUGAUGGGAGCGUCGGUAACACCUUCACCCGUAAAACCUCCUUCCCAGAGGACAUGGACCCCUUGUCUCUCAGUGGGACCCUGAACCCAGAGGGGACCCUCAGGGUCACCGUAUGCCGGACCACCGAGGCCCUGGGGCCUGCCCGUCACAGCAAGGCUGACCUCUGACCCCUCCUCUUUGGGACAUAGAUAGCAGUUAUCUAGAUGUGUGCUGACUUUUUCAUCAAGUUUGUAAAAAUAUAAAAAAAUGUUCCAGAAAUUCAUGGUUUCUGUUUUGUGCUGAGUUCAUCUGAAACUUUAAACAGGAAUAAACUGAACCUGAAGAUCUAUAGAGCAGCUGAUGGUUCAGCUUCCAGUUAUACUCCUGGGGAGGAGGUGCUGACUAAACACUGGAGGAGCAGUUCAGAGGAGCAUGGUCCUCAAACAUCUGCUGAGGAUGAAGCUCUGAAUAAAGGAACAUUUUUGGAAUG